GUUUCCGGUCGCCCUCCGCCUUGGCACGGUUAACUUGACGCAGCGGUAGACCAAAAGAAGGCAGAACGGAUCAAUUUGGAGCCUCGGCUGUUGAUCAGGAUUGUGUAGCGACGCUGAUUGAUUUAUCGUGAUGCGGGAUUGUAAAUACCGGCGCAAUAUGGCCGCUGUCUGCGGACUGAGACGUCUUACCUGGACACAUAGACCAGAGUAGGCAGAGGGACAGGUGAUCGUGUAGUGACGAGGGCUCAACACAUCAUUCCAUCAUCGAGUCCAUCAGGUGCAGCUUCAGUCUCCAGGGCUUUCGUCUGUAUCCAGCCUGUAUGCAGCCUGUCCAGGGCCCGGCCUGAUUCCUGGUGCUCCUUCAUUCCCACCACCUCCUCCCUCCUCCUCUCCCCACCCUUUCCCCUCCCCUCCCCCUCCCUGCCCCCUCCCUCCGUCCUCCGUCCAUCCUUUCGAAAACACUCAGCGAUCAGCCUGAACAGGCAGCGUAGGCUGCCCUCUACAGGUGGAUGAAUGAAGACUCCAUUCAAGAGCCCAGCGGCCCCCCGGCCACGAGCGGAUGGCGGACAUUCAGGCGUGUCUGCAAACAUGAUGAAGAAGAAGAACUCGCACAAGAAACAGAGGACCAGUGUUGGUCCUAGUAAGACUCUGGCUCCACCCAAGAGGAGCAUAGUCGGCUACAGGAUCCAGCACAUUUGGAAGGAGGGCAGUAAGUCAUCUCAGUGGAAGGGGACAGUCCUGGACCAAGUCCCCGUUAACCCCUCCCUCUUUCUCAUCAAAUACGAUGGCUUUGAUUGUGUCUACGGCCUGGAGCUGUACAGAGAUGAGCGGGUGGUGGGGCUGGAGGUGCUGCCCGACAGAGUGGCUCCAGCCCUCGUCAGCGACUCACUGCUGGCCGACACGAUGAUCGGUAAAGCGGUGGAGCACAUGUUUGAGACGGAGGACGGGCCGAAGGAGGAGUGGAGGGGCAUGGUUCUGGCCCGGGCUCCCAUCAUGACGUGCUGGUUCUACAUCACCUACGAGAAAGACCCGGUUCUCUACAUGUACCAGCUGCUGGACGACUACAAGGAAGGAGACCUGCGCAUCAUGCCCGACUCAAACGACAACGUGCCGACGGAGCGGGAGCCCGGCGAGGUGGUCGACAGUCUGGUGGGCAAACAGGUGGAGUAUGCCAAAGAAGAUGGCGGCAAGCGCUCUGGGAUGGUCAUCCACCAGGUGGAGGCCAAGCCCUCCGUCUACUUCAUCAAGUUUGACGACGACUUCCACAUUUACGUCUACGACCUGGUCAAGACCUCCUAAGACCGAGAACUCCAGAAAAAACGUUCACAUCCUGCCCAGAUCCACCAUAAACACAACCCCGCCCCCUCCUCUCUCCCCCCCCUCCUCCCCCUCGACCUGUGGAGACAGAUAAUAUCACAGGAGAAGAUGCCAACUGUUCCCAAAACAACAAGUAAAAGCUGUUACAGUUCGAUCCUGAGACCAAAUGAAUAAUAAAAAAAAAAAACUCAUCUGAAAGCAGGAAGAACGACAGAAGGACGUCGCUCCCCUUUUCCUGAAACCCUGUCGGACUGUUUGAAACCUCCAUCGUGUGUGUGCGGGGGGGAGGGGCUCUGCUGAGGUCAAUGAAGGAACACAGACGUAGAUUUGGACCUGGUCUCCAUCGUGCAUCUGCUUUUUCAUUCAAGGCGUGAACAGACGUUGAAAACCUGGAGAAACCGUCGGACGUCGACUCUUAUCGUUUCUCUUUCUCAUGUGUCGGUUCCUACAUCAUUUCCCGUCAUUAGCUGAUUUAUACGUUCAUUUUAAAGCAGCGUUCUCUGUUCUUUCCUUCCUUUCUUUUUUUCUUUUAUUGGAGUUGUUGUUUGUUGCUUGACCUUGUUUCCGAUGCUGCGUUGCCUCCCUAAAUUUCAACCUGAAGGUUCGACCGAUAACUUGUUUUAUAAGGUUUUAAACUUUUUUAUAUUGGUGCCAAAAAGAUUCCAGAAAAGUAUUGACAGGAAGCAGAAUCGCUCGCUGAGAUGACGAAGUGAAAAAUAUUGAAUCUUUCCCUGUUUUAUAAACAUGUUCUGUUUAAUAUAAUACAAGGCAGUUUACUAUCAUUUAAUAGCACUUAGGUGAAAACAAGGUUAACGGGAAAAAUAACAAAUAGAAAGAAAAGAAAUAGGAAAAAUCAAAGUGUUGAAAUUCAGUUUUAUUGAAUUUCAGUCUGCAUUUUAUUUUCUCAUCUGUUUUGGAUCCGAUUUUAAAGGGAUAGUUCAGGUUUUUUUGAAGGUACUGAAGUUUAUAAACCUCUCACUCCCCCACACCAAAGUCGUCCCUGUCACUAAGUUAAAAUGUAUGAAGUUCUUUGUUCACAUUUAACUUUUAAAGACACAAACUUACUGAAGAGAGACAGUAGUGGACUUUGGUGCUUUUAUAUCAGUUUUCCUUGGUGUAUAAGUUUCAGUUUCCUGUCGACAGCAAACCUAAAGAUAUCAUAGACUUAAUUGGACAUUAACCUUCUGUUUUCCUUGUGUUAAACAGAAGGUCUGUGUGAUUAAAAAACCCUUAAAUAUCCCUUUAAUAUCAGAACGAGACACAUGAUGUUGUUCAUAAGUGUUUAUUAAUGUUCAUUAUUUGUUUUGCAUCGUUGCCUUGUUUCACUGUGUUGUUCAGUUUCCGCCUCAGUUGUUUGUUUCGCUUUAAUAAACACUUAGACGUCAUUAAUAUCAAUUAUUAUUCAAAGAGCUGCCUGAAAAUGUAAACUACGGGGGUUAAAGUCAAGUUGCCAUCACAUGGAGGGUGUCGCACCUUAUUUUCUCCCAUCGUCGUCUCUCCUUUGUUUGUUUCUCCUCUUCUGUCCAGUGGAGACUGCACGCUCUCCGUCGUGAGGAAGUUUUAAAGUCAAAAUAUCCUCUUCGUUGCUCUGACCACCAAACAUCUGAAUCUAAAUGUUUUAAGAGGCGUGGCUGUCUCUGUCCACAUCACAUUCCCAGUGUGAGUCCGUGUAGCGCUGAACUUGUACAGUUGGAGCAGCUUCUUCCAUAUUUUUGUUCCUUUUUUUAAGUAAAACUCGCUGAUUGUAGCGUCUUGAUUCCCUUAAAAUGUCGACUUAAGAUUCUAGAACCUAAUUUUGAAGACAAACAUUUGACUUCCAUUGUGAUGAAUCUCUGUUCCCACAUCUUUUGUGUGUUCUCCAGAGCUUUCAAGAUCCUGUUUUUUUCUUCUUUGUUCAAAACACAAAAUUCACAGCUUCGGGUUCUGGAACGAUAAGGAUUUUGUAUGGAAAAAAAAAAAAAUACGAGCGUUGUUUGUGAUUGAAUUAAAGAGUGUGGUGUCGUCGUAGAAUUCA